AUAUGUAAACUCUAACCAGCUGGGAGGCAGCAUCCCCUCGUCUAUGGGAAACCUCUCUUUGCUAGUCAAUCUAGUUCUUGAAUACAAUCAACUCACGGGGCAGAUACCAGAGUCACUGGGCAGUCUGACCAACCUCGAAGUAUCUUCUGCAAAACUCAACUACUUGACAGGAAUUAUACCAUCAUCAUUUGGAAAAUGGGCGACUAUGACCUACUUGGAUUUGAGUGUUAACAACAUUACAGGGUCCAUCCCUGACACUUUCAGCAACCUCAAGGCCAUGAAAUUUGCUUACGCCAACAAGCUGACAAACAACCUCCCUUCCUCCCUGGGACAACUCACUGCUCUCGUCCAUCUGAUCCUGAGCAACAACCAACUCUCAGGGCAGAUUCCAGAGUCCCUAGGCAAUCUAGCCAGCCUUGAAGUACU